AUGAAUUCAUAUAUUAGUACUGUAUCUAAGCUAAGUGAAGACGUCAUAAGCAGAAUAAAAGGUUUUGAUCGAUUUAAUUUAACUGAAGAACAAGCAACAUUGAUUGAUGAAUUGAUACCAGAUGAAAAUUUAAGAGAACGAUAUAUAAAAAACGGUUUGUGUGAGGUACCACCCUUAGUGAAAGAAUUGAUUGAUCGUUGUCUAAAAGAAGAUCCAUCAAUACGUCCUACAGCUAAUGAAUUGAAUAACACAUUUCUAAAAUGGUAUCGACCAAAUAAUGAAAACGAUAAUGCUGAAUAUCGUAAGCAAUGCAAAGAAGCAGAUGAUCAUAAUAGUUUAUAUUUCAAAUCAAAAACAAAAACAUCAAAUACUUUAACACAUGUACUUACAAGUAAACGUUUAGAUGUUAAAGAUCUUCUUGAACGACAUUCUCUAACUGCCACAGAUUUUUCAGAAAUAAUUCUAAAAAUUCAAGUAACGGAAUUGAAUCUUUAG